AUGCGGCUCUUCCUGUCUGCGGGGUCCGUUCGCCGCGUACGCAUCGUCUUGCUCCGUGCAACCCACCUACCAUUUGUCGCAUUGAUCUGGAUCUAUGAGAAGACCCGACGGCAUGCGCAUCGGCGGCCUACUUGUCAAUUGCCUCCGAUGCUCGCCGCACGAGAUCUCGGCCGUCGUACUUCUGUCAUCGAAUCUAGUCCCUCCCGGUGCCAGGACCCACUGCAUCCUUCCGUAGCGGAUACACAUUGCCUAGGCCCUGGUAAGGCCAAAACGAGCCUGGAUCAGCACGCGGGAGUGCAUGAACCAGGGCGAGCCGAACGAGCUGGUCAAGUUGAAGACAUGAUCGACGAGGUGGAACGGCUGCGUGCCCAAGUGGAGCGCGUAGCAGCAACAGUUGGGGUGCAACGCCGCCGCUGA